UGUCACAGGGCUAUCUAGCAAACUAAACUAAAAGAUGCUUGGGACGAACCAUUGAUGCCACUAUGGACAAUGGAAUAUGCUCUGUCUGCUGUGAUGCAAAAGCACCUGUCUGAGAAACAAGAGAAGAUAAUUCAAGGUGUCGUAAACAGACUAGGAUGCCUCAGUGAUGAGUCUGUUAACUAUAUAUUGCAAAAACACCGACUUCUGCUGUGUUCAGUACUCAGAAGGUUAACUCUCCGAAGAGCUGGGAUGGCAGCCCUGGCCUGCAUGAGGCUGUCCAGAAAGAAGAGCUUGCUUCAGGAACUGAGUGAGCAACAUACCCUGCAGAAGGGAUCCUCCCCAUGCCAAGAUGAGGACCAGUGGCAGUUACAGAAGGCAGUGGAGUCCCACAUUCGGGAAGAGGAGGAGAAACUCGAGGAAGAAACACAGGAAACCAAUUUAGAAUUUCACCAGCAGCUAGUCACAGAAAUCCAAGAAGCUCUUCAGUUUCUUCAGCAGCACAUGGAGCAGGUGAUUGGGCAGACACUGCUGCAGCAUGCCCAGCAGGAAGCUGGAAAAAAGAGUUCAGAUGAUGGGCAGGACUUCAAGGAAAGACUGGUGGAAGCUGCUGUUGAAAGUGUGUAUGGGACCAGCAAUAAUAUCAAUAGACUGGUGCAAAACUACUACCAGCAAUUAGGAAAAAUCACAGAGAGCUAUGAAGGGAAAAAGCUUCAACAGUUGAAAUCCUUACAAGCAGAAAGAAAUGAAAAGAUCAGACUUAAGAAGAAACAAGAGGAUGAACUGGCAUUGAAAGAAAAACACACCAAAGGCUUCCUGAACAUGUCAUCUGCUGUCCGUCAAAGGAUAAUGCUGCAGCAAAAGAAGGUUUUGUCUCAGUUUGAACUGCAGCAGCAAAUUCGUCUGGAGUCUCUGAAACAGAAGCUGCUGGCGUUGCAUCACCUGGAAACCGAGUUGGAGAAUCAUCUAAGGGAAGCAGAGCAGGACUUUGUGAGUGAGUUGGCUGUGCUGACCAGAGUUCCAGUGACUGUGAAGAAGAAGCCUUCCAAAAGGAGCAAGCCAGCAGGGGAAAAAAUAAAAUCCAGAAGACAGACCUUCCACUCACCUCAAUCAGCAGAAAAAGAUGAUUCUCAUGAAAAUAUUCAAGAGCCCCAUGGACUGACUUCUGACUCAUGCAGAGAGAUGUUACAAAGUCCACAUGAAGGGGAGACUGAACCAAGGAAAAACUCAAAUAUGUUAAAAAAAAAAGGCAGCAAGUAGUAAAAGCCUUUAUAUGAGCUGUCUGAACACAAUGUACCAAAGCAUUCUUCUGGGGAAUCUCAGCAGCUAUAGAUACUUACUGAGCUGCUUUGCUGAGGAACAACGAAGAAAAUCAAUAACUGAUAAAUCUUUUUUAGCUACAGUCAAUCCUGACCUCCUUUAGCUGUUAAUACAACAUUCCCUCUUCAUUUUGGUAAGGGGGAACAAGGAAGUCUUUAUUAUAAGCUUUUUAAGAUUGCUUUGGGAGUGUGGAGGAGAGAUAGUUUUAGAUUUGGAAUAUACCUGAGGAAAGUGCACUUGUAGAACUGAUCCACACUAGGCUGAUUGCCCAGGUUGGUGUAUCUCAGUAAGGUUUCAUCUCAGUAGCAAUAUAUCAUUUGCUUUUGAACCCUAAAUGUGGUAGAUCGGGUCUUAAUAUUUUGUAAUUUCUGCUUUGGCCUAACAAAACCAGAUAAAAAUGUAAAGAAUAUGUAAACAGACUUCAGAUAGUAUUGGUACAUCAAAAUAUGACAUUCGGUCACUCUUUUGUUACUUUCUAGUGCUUCUAGGGCUAUGUAUGCUUUUUAAUAUUUGUACAAAGAUUUUUAUAUAUGUACUUCUCUUCCUUUGUCUCAGAUUUCAUAUUAUGACUUUCAGAAAAAAUGAGACAAAACCAGUUUAGUCUUUCAUUUUUUUAUACUUCAGUUUCUAGUCUUCUUCCUGAAGUGCACCCUUUUGUUUCCAACAUACUUUGUUAUGCUCAUUACUUCUCCUAUGGGAAUUUUUGUUGUGCAAAGCAGGGAGUUCUUACUGGCUGUACAGAGCACCUGUAUUGUGUAAUAAAUUCCCCCAUUUAAGCAAACUUACAGUUUUCAUGAAAUGGAAGUUUUCUGCCUUUUUAAAAAUAAACAUGAUAUUUUGCUAACGAAAA